UCGCCGGGGCUGCGCGCGCCAUGGAGCCGCGGUGCCUGCCGCCGUGCGGCUGCUGCGAGCGGGUGGUGCUCAACGUGGCGGGGCUGCGCUUCGAGACGCGGGCGCGCACCCUGGGCCGCUUCCCGGACACGCUGCUCGGGGACCCGGUGCGCCGCAGCCGCUUCUACGACGGCGCGCGCCGCGAGUACUUCUUCGACCGGCACCGGCCCAGCUUCGACGCCGUGCUCUACUACUACCAGUCGGGCGGGCGGCUGCGGCGGCCGGCGCACGUGCCGCUCGACAUCUUCCUGGAGGAGGUGGCCUUUUACGGGCUGGGCACCGCGGCGCUGGCGCGCCUGCGCGAGGACGAGGGCUGCCCCUUGCCGCCCGAGCGCCCCCUGCCCCGCCGCGCCUUCGCGCGCCAGCUCUGGCUGCUCUUCGAGUUCCCCGAGAGCUCGCAGGCCGCGCGCGUGCUUGCCGUCGUCUCCGUGCUCGUCAUCCUCGUCUCCAUCGUCGUCUUCUGCCUCGAGACGCUGCCCGAUUUCCGCGACGACCGCGACAGCCCUGGGCUCGCCGCGGUGGCUGCCGCUGGCCCGUUCCCUGCUCGGCUGAACGGCUCCAACCAGGUACCCGGACCCCCGCCUCGCUUGGAUGACCCAUUCUUUGUGGUGGAGACGCUGUGCAUCUGUUGGUUCUCCUUUGAGCUGCUGGUGCGCCUGGCAACCUGCCCCAGCAAGGCAGUCUUCUUCAAGAACGUAAUGAACCUCAUCGAUUUUGUGGCCAUCCUGCCCUACUUUGUGGCACUGGGCACUGAGCUUGCUCGGCAGCGGGGGGUGGGCCAGCCGGCCAUGUCACUGGCCAUCCUGCGUGUCAUCCGACUGGUGCGUGUCUUCCGCAUCUUCAAGCUGUCCCGGCACUCCAAGGGCCUGCAAAUCUUGGGCCAGACACUACGGGCCUCCAUGCGUGAGCUGGGCCUCCUCAUCUUCUUCCUCUUCAUUGGUGUGGUCCUCUUCUCCAGCGCAGUCUACUUUGCCGAGGCCGACCGGGCAGACUCCCAUUUCACCAGCAUCCCUGAGUCCUUCUGGUGGGCAGUGGUCACCAUGACCACAGUUGGCUAUGGAGACAUGGCGCCCGUCACCGUGGGUGGCAAGAUAGUGGGCUCUCUGUGUGCCAUUGCCGGCGUGCUGACCAUUUCCUUGCCUGUGCCAGUCAUUGUCUCCAACUUCAGCUACUUUUACCAUCGGGAGACAGACAGUGAAGAGGCCGGGAUGUACAGCCAUGUGGACACGCAGCCUUGUGGCCCACUGGAGGGCAAGGUCAAUGGGGGGUUGAUGGAUGGAGAGGUACCCGAGCUACCGCCUCCACUCUGGGCCCCCCCUGGGAAACACAUGGUCACUGAAGUGUGAGGGACAGUUGAGAUCUGCAGGACCUCACAUUUCCUUGGAGGGGGGUGGGUGGAGGGGAAGGUCGGGGGAGGGUGUUGGGUUUAGGAAGAACUAGGUUAAGCGGUAAUGAGUUGGGGAAUGCUGAGAGUCUUUUUGGGUCUUCAGCUGUGUGGUUUGGUAGCUCCUGCGGGUACCUCCUUAGGUGGCAAUGAAUGGCACUGGGUUAUGCCGAGUUGACGGGAGACUCUGUUGGUUUGUGUUGCAUUGGGUUGUGAAAGCCUCGUGAAGCCUUUAGAGGUAGUGUCGAGAUAGGUUUGGUCACAUAGCUUUGUGAGUUUUUCAGUUCCAUGUUGGGUUGGGUUUGGUUGCGAGUCUGGGUGAGUCUUGUCCAACUGCAUUGUGCAAGAUUCUGUGGUUUGAUGAUCCUCUAGGGCAAUGUUGGGUCAGGUUGGGUGGCCGCCCAUGGCAUUGUUGGGAGUGAUUGCGUGUUCAUGCAUGGUGUCAUGGAGUUGAGUUGAGACACGUUGGAAAUUGUGUGGCUUUGCAAUUCUUCUAGGGCCAUGUUAUUUUAGGUUCUGUGAACUUGUGAGUCAUGUAGAAAUUCAAAGAGUCAAGUGAUAGAAUGUGAGCUUUCAGGGUCACAUGAGGUUAAGUUGGGUUGGAACGUAUGACUGUAUGUCUUUCAGGGUUCCAUGGGGUUGAAUAGCGCCGUGAUGUGGCUGGAAGUUUUUCAGGUCUACAUUGAGUUGAGCUGUAAUGAGUUGUAUGACCAUGUGAGUCUCGUAGGGCCGGUUCAGUUGGGUGGUACAACUGUUUGAGUCUUGUAGGGCCAUGCGGAGUUGAGUUACGUCAUGUCACUGUGAGUCCUGUAGGAAUGUUGGGUUGAGUCGGACUGUAUGUAUGAGCUCCAUAGGGCCACGUUGGUUUGUUUUGCACUUAAUGGUAGGAAAAGGACCCAAGGACAACAGCACUGGGGAGGAAUCAUGUUUCAGGGAGAGAGUGUGGUAUUGUAGACUCUGGGAGACGAACUGAACUGGCUUGCCCAGUGUCACUCACUUCAAGGGGUGGGGCUGGGUUCUGUAUCCGUGGAUUCAGUUGUUCACGCAGAGGGCUUCUGGGUGAACUAGGAAGAUGUCAACACUCCUUCCGUUUACCCCACACCUGCUUUGUUUUGCCAUUCAACGCCCCCCUGUCUGUCCUCCCCUACCAUUUUGCUUCUAGACGUGGAGAUCAGAGCCACACAGAAAGGGGAAAGAGGAAGAAAUUGUACUCUGUCCAGACAUGAAGGGGGGACAGAAACCCAAAGGAGGGGGACAGAGACCUGGGGAGGGCAAGAGGCCCAGAGAAAGGAAGAGAUAGAAACUCAAGGAAGAGGGGCACAAAGACCCAAAGAGAGGGGGAGACAGACACCCAGAUGGACGGGGACAGAGACCAAGAGUGGUGGAUAGAGACCCAGAGGGGGGCUGUCAGGCACUCAGAGAGAGAGAGAGGCAGACAUCCAGGGCUGGAAACAAACCAGAGCGCCCCGGAGAAGGAGAACCAGAAAAGAAAAAGGCAGACAAAUGCAGCUCCCCUGAACCCAAGAGAGACGCACAAUCUCUGUUCCACAGAAUCACAGAGACCCCAGACCAGGCGUGCCACCCCAUCCUCCCGCAGCUCAGGGAGACUGUCAGGCAAACUGGGGGGCCCACUCUGCUUUCCAGGGGAGAAACCAGAGUCUUAGAGCAUGGGAGUGGCUUCCCAAGGUCGCGUGGCCUGUCCCCCGGGGCCAGGGCUUGUGGCUUGUGGCCAACCCCAUGUGUCCCCAUCAGCCUUCUGGUAUACACAGGACCUCCUGAGUCCAACAGCCUCAUUCCUCACAAACAGGGAAACUGAGGCUCAGAGGGGAGAGUGUCACCCUCACGGAGCCAGAACAUUUUCAGAGGUCUUUCAGUACUAAAAGGGCAUUUCGAGGAGGAGGAGGCGGGUUAAAUCACUAACACAUAUAGGGCUUCCUAUGUGGCAGGCAUCUUUCAAAGGACUUUAUCGUAUUAAUUUAUUAAAACCCGUCCAGUGGUUCA